UCGAUUUCCAAUGGGUUGCGUCAUUAAGCUGCGACACGACGGACAGCAAAGACGCAAUUUUUAAGAGACAAUUUGUUUACUGUCAUGGCGUCGGUUGAUUUCCGAGACAACCUCCUGGGCAUAUCGUGGGUGGACAGCGGCUGGGUGCCGAUUCUCAAUCCUGGGAAUGUUCUGGACUACUUCUCCGAGAGGAGCAACCCGUUCUAUGACCGAACCUGCAACAACGAGAUUGUGAAGAUGCAGCGGCUCACUCUGGAGCACCUCAAUCAGAUGGUGGGAGUGGAGUACAUUCUUCUUCACGCUCAGGAACCAAUUCUCUACAUCAUCCGUAAGCAGCAGCGGCAGUCUCCAACACAAGUGAUUCCUUUGGCUGACUACUACAUCAUAGCGGGAGUGGUGUACCAGGCCCCAGACCUGGGGACGGUUAUCAGCUCCAGAGUGCUUUCUGCAGUCCAUGGAAUCCAGUCGGCUUUCGACGAGGCCAUGUCGUACUGCCGCUAUCACCCCUCCAAAGGAUACUGGUGGCUCUUCAAGGAUCAGGAGGAGAGAGAGAAAACAAAGCCUAAAUCCAAGAAGAAAGAGGAGCCGAGUUCUCUGUUUCAGAGGCAUCGCGUUGACACACUCCUUCUGGACCUCAGAUCAAAGUUUCCACCAACUUUUUACCAGCCUAAGCCUGGCGACAAACCAAUUCCAGUUGAGGUAAAGAAGGAGCCUGAACCUCCCACAGAAGCUGUGAAACAAGAGGAGCGGGAACCGGCCACCAAGUCGUCAGCGCCGGCUCCGCCGAGCAAACCUCCGCCUGAGAAGAGGGCGAGGCUGCAGUAACGGGAAAAUGGAGCAACAUUAUGUUCCACUUCUUUAGAUGAGAGGACAGCUGCCCUCUGGGAGUCGUUGUGCUUUGCCCCCUCCCCCCUCCAAAAAAUGCAAUCUUGCCUAAAAUGAAUAUAUAUAUAUAUAUAUAUAUAUAUAUAUAUAUAUAUAUAUAUAUACAUUUUUUUUUGCUGAACUGACACAAAAGGACAGCCAUCUCUUUUUGUAGACUUAGAGGAGGAGCUUAGAGCUGAAUGCGUUUCAGGGCAGCUGGACUGAAAACAUGGCCCGGGUUACGUCUGUAGGAUCUCUAAAGUGGAUUUUAUUUUUUGUUUGACGAUACGCAGAGAUCAGCAUUAGUGCCAGCUGACUUUUUAAUGUGGGCACACUUUGUUGUUGUUGUAUUGAUUUCAAAGGACGGUUUCAAAGCCUGCUUUCAAGAGAUUUUGACAGUGAAGCAAAAACCAAGGUGCUCACUUCCAUCUGUUUCUAAAAAAAAAAAUUUUUAAAAACACCACACUUACUUUAUUUUGUAAUAAAAUUAUUGAGUUAAUGUA